AUGGGCAGUUCAAACAGCGAAGUCGAGGUCGUUGAUGUGGCUAUUGUUGGUGGAGGCCCUACUGGGCUGCUUACCGGGCUGCUUUUACAUCGCCUCGGUGUUUCCGUCAGUGUAUUGGAUGCCAAACCUCAAAGUCUGGACCUCGGGCGUGCAGAUGCGUUGAACGCGCGAACGCAGCAGUACUUGACAGUUGUUGGUAUUCUAGAUGAGCUGCUGCCACAGGGUUUAAAAUGCAACACGAGCUCGACAUUCGGCGAAGGAGACUUUAUUUCUCGUCAGAACCAGUGGUGGGUGAGCCUUGAGCACACCCUUCAUAAGAAUUUCCUCAUGAUUGGCCAACCCGUUGUGGAGAAGAUCCUGAGCACCCAUUUGGAUGGUUUCGUCCAUUAUGGUGAACAGGUAGAAUCUCUGAUCGAAGGCAACGAGUUCGUCGAGAUAAUGACGAAGAGCGGACGGACAAUCCGAUCCAAAUAUGCCCUAGGAUCAGAUGGAGCCAAAUCAACGGUACGAGCAGCCAUCGGGGCGACCUUUACUGGAAGCAAACCGGAAAUGCUUUGGGCGGUACUUGAUACCUUCAUCGAUACGAAUUUCCCCACAUGCCCAGAAAUCAUUACCUUUCAGUUGAACGGCCAGUCCAGAGUGUCCUGGAUCCCGAGAGAGAGGGGACUAUGCCGAUUCUACGUGCUUCUUGAAGGAGAAGUGACGCAAGAGCGUGCUGAGGAGUCCAUCAAGAAACACUUGGCCCCAUAUCGGACCGACUUUGUCAAGACUGAAUGGUAUAGCACGUUUGAUGUCAAGGAAAGGAUCGCAUCUUCCUUCAUCUCCAAGGAUGGCGCGGGCCGGGUCUUCUUGGCUGGGGAUGCAGCCCACGUCCACUCGGUCAACGGGGGUCAGGGGUUGAACACAGGCAUUGCCGAUGCGUUCAGUCUUGCUUGGCGUCUGGCCCUUGUGCUCAAAAGUCCGCGCCUGCAGGAGGGCGCUGCAAGCAAGAUUCUCCGUAGUUAUGACAUCGAGCGCAGACAAACUGCGCAGGGUGUCAUUGACGUUGCCGCGGCAUUGGUUCGGGAUACUGUUCAUACCGCCAAGCAAUAUGUUGGUACCAUUGAACGCAACGCGGGGUAUAUCACAGGUCAGUGGAUUUUCCCGUCAAGCAAUUCCAUGGAGUUUACACACCACCUCCCCGAUGCAGCUUGGACACCCCCCUGCCGCCGUGGAAUGGGCGUUGCGUACGACGGCAUGGGAUCACCAACCGUGGAAGAAUCUGAACAUGGGAUCUGGAAGGCCGGCAAGAGAUGCCCGGAUGUUGUUUUGUCCACGCCAGAUAGUGAUGGCGAUAUUCGGCUAUACUCUCAGGUCACAUAUGGCAAGUAUCUGAUCUUGGCCAUUGGUAACCAUCCAGAACAGGCUCUUGCUCACGAAGAUGCGGCCGUGUUGUUCAGCAUACUCCCUUCAUCGGCGACCGCCGAGAGCGUGGUCACGUCAAAAGAAAGGACUUUUACUGCGGACUGGGCCGAAGCGGGAGAAUCCUACGCCGUGGUGGUUCGUCCUGAUAUGUACAUUGGAUACGUGGGAGCGGAUAUCGAGAGCUGCCAGCGAUACCUGGAUAGGCUCUUCAUCCGAUGA